UCUGCCGGGAGGACGCCCCGGGGCAGACCCAGGACACGCUGGAGAGAUUAAAUCUCAGGUGGAAUUCGCCUGAAUAAGGUGAAGGAGGUGGCUGGGACAGGGAGGUCUUAGGCUGCUGACCCCAGCGAACCGCGGUCCGGUCACCUGGUGUUGUGGCAAAAAGUGAUCGUCUACCAAAAGCAGCAGACCUACUGCAGCCGCCUCCGUGAGUCCCUCCCACAGGAAACACUGCGGGUCAGCUUUGAGUUUCGUGAAGCGGCUACAAAAACCAACAAGCUCUCCAAGAAACUACAAAGCUGUCCUCCUUCCAGAUCUGGGCCAUGAGGUCGUCUUUCCUCCUCCUUCUCACCUUCCUCCUGGGUGUGACUGAUAUUAAAGCUGGUUCAGAUUUUAGGGUCUGUGCCUUCAACACACAGCACUUUGGGGAAUCCAAGUCACAGAAGAGCGAUGUCAUGCAGACUCUUGUCAAGAUCAUCACGCGCUGUGACGUGUGUUUGCUUCAGGAAGUGAGAGACAGUAAAGGAAAAGCUUUAAAACUGCUGCUUGAGCAUCUUAAAAGGUAUGACACCAAACAUGAAUAUAAAGCCGUGGCCAGUGAGAGACUGGGCAGGUCUGAAACAUACCAAGAGCAGUACGUGUUUGUUUACAGGACUGAUACAGUGACAGUCGCAGACCAAUAUCAGUACCCUGAUGAUAAACCAGGGGACAUCGAUGCUUUCUCCAGAGAGCCGUUUGUUGUCCGCUUCAGAGCCCCCAAAACAGCUAUAAAGGAGUUUGUCCUCAUACCUCAGCACACCACUCCAGCGAACACCACUAAGGAGCUUGAUGCACUGUAUGAUGUUUUACAACAUGUAAAAAAGAUGUGGAAAACUGAGAAUGUGAUGCUUCUUGGAGACUUUAAUGCGGGCUGUGGCUACCUCGCUAAGAAGAACAGAAAACGUGUGCGCCUGAUUACAGACCAAAAUCUUUUUUGGCUCAUACAAGAGAACACCGACACCACUGUGCGAUCAAGCACAUCCUGCCCCUAUGACAGGAUUGUUGUGAAUGGGGAAACCUUUCACAGAGCCAUCUUGCCUUCUUCAGCCAAACCAUUUAACUUCCAAGUGGAAUACCGAUUGACAGAGGAACAGGCGCUGCUCGUCAGUGACCAUUACCCGGUGGAGGUCCUGCUGAAGGUUGUUGAUUCCAGAGGGCUUGAUGGGGGCACUUCUAUUACCAGUGGAAACCAAUUCAUUGCUUUGUUUGUCUUAAGCCAUGUUGCCUUUCAAAUAUUGACAAGGUAGUUAAAGAAUAAAGCUGCAGGAUGAGAUCGGUCUAUCUCAGGACAGCUGAGUUCAUGAACUGAUAUGUGGAGUUCAACUUUCAAAUACCACUGAUACACCACCAUUGUGGCCCUCCAUAUUUGGUUUAAGGGAAAAAAAUAGGAAAUUACACAACUGUUUACCUAUACCAAUAUGCCAUUCACUAUAUUGUACAAUAAGUGAGCUGCAGGUAUACAGUGUAUCAC